GCUGCAAGACAGUAGCGUGCCAAACUGCCAAUCCAAGACAAAAACAGCUGCAGCCAGCAAGCAGUACAGUUACAGCCAGAAACUAAAGCUUACGAGUACAUGGAUAUGGGCAGCCGUUCGGCUGGCCUGCAGAUCCAGCAGCUUGGCUGUUUUGGGCGUGCAGCUGCAGCAUAAGCGCUGCAAAAAAUCAGAAGCGAACAGAUGAUGAUUUGGUUUUCUUCCAAGUAGACAUGGAGGCACUACAGAUGAUGAGUUCGUCGUUGGGCGCCAUGGGUCCCCUUCUUGGGAAGCUCCAUACACUGCUUUUCUCCCCGGAGCAUGAGCUGCCCGGAUCACUGAUGAAGGACGGGAUCCUGCAUCUGAAACAAGAUCUAGAAGAACUAAAUAGCUUCAUGGUGGAUCUGUCAGGGUUGGGACGUCCCAACGCCAUGGUCAAGCGCUGGAUGAAUGAGGUGCGCGAACUGUCCUACGACAUGGAGGAUUUCAUUGACAGUGUGACUAGCUCCAACAUGAUGGCUAGCCGCGAGACGAACAAAGAGAUUCUCUCUGUGGUCAAACAAUUCAGGAAUCUCAUUAAGCAGGCCCGUGAACGGCAUCAGAGGUACGAGCUUUCGCGUUGGCCAUCCAAUCCUUAUCCUAGCUGUAUGAACAGUAGGGUCAAUGGGACAGAGCUAUUUGGUAUCAGUGAAUCGAAGGGCGAACUCGUCAAGUGGCUCAAGCCGCUCUUCAGUAACGUCGAUGAGGACAGAGGGCGGCUGAAAGUAGCAUCCAUUCUUGGACCUGCUGGUGUUGGUAAGAGUACGCUUGCCCAAGAAGUGUACCGUGAAAUUGGAGCGCAGUUCGAGCGUCGAGCCUUUGUGCGGGCGUCAAGGGUGCCUGAUGCAAGGAGGCUUCUCCGGAGCAUGAUCACUCAAGUCCGGCGCCACGAACGACCCCCUUGUGGUCUCCCCGUGCAAGAGCUCGUUGACAACCUUAGAAGACAUCUUCAGCAGAAGAGGUAUUUCAUUGUUAUUGAUGGUUUAUGUGAAACGACAUCUUGGGAUAUUAUUAGGAAUGCUUUUCCGGAGGGUGCUCAUUGUAGUAGAGUAUUAAUAACAACAGAUAUUGAGGAGGUUGCCCUGGAGUGCUGUGAUUACCAAUCUAAUGCAAGUGUUACUUCGGCACCUGAUUUCAUGUUGGAUUCAGACUCCCAUUUUCAUGCCCAAGUAGGUAUUUUUAAGAUGGAGCCGCUGAGCACAGAUCACUCCAUGGAAUUGUUCUGCAACAGAGUGUUUGGCUCGAAUCCUCAAUUCUGUGAACAACUGAAGAAAUAUUCAGAAGAAAUUAUAAGAAAAUGCAGUGGUCUCCCACUAGCAACAAUUAUCAUAGCUAGCGUUUUUGCAGGUCAAACAGACAACUCAGAGCUCUGGCACCAUAUUAAAGAAUAUUUAUCUUCCAGAAAUAAUCUUUCUUCAGAAGACUUGCUAAGAGAAAUAAUUGUCCUGAGCUAUUACAGUCUUUCUCAACACUUGAAGACAUGCCUACUAUAUUUUAGUUUGUAUCCAGAAGGGUAUACAUUCUUGAAGAGUGAUUUGGUGAAGCAGUGGACUGCCGAAGGUUUUAUCCAGAAGGAUAAAAGUGCCAACGAAAUUGCAGAGUGCUAUUUUGAUGAGCUUGUCAGCAGGGGACUUGUACAGACUAAUCAUAUCAAUCUUGCAGAUGAAGUGAUGUUCUAUACAGUACACUCCACUGUAUUCGAAGUUAUAAGGCGCAAGUCCGUAGAAGAGAAUUUCACCACGGUAAUAGACUACUCUGAAACUAUUCCAAAGCUAUCUGCAAAGGUCCGUCGACUGUCUCUCAGCUUCAGCAAUGCUAAAUAUGCAACCAAGCCCGAAGGCUUCACACCGUUGCCAGCUCGAUCACUCACCUUUUAUGGAUUAGUUGAGUGUCUACCUUCCAUUAUGGAGUUUAAGCUACUUCGAGUUUUAAUCCUUGAAUUUUGGGGUGAUCGAGAAGUAUUCGACCUAAGUGGAAUCAACAUAUUGUUGCAGCUGAGGUACAUUAAGAUUACAACUGAUAGCAUUAUAAAGCUACCAGUCAAGAUGCAAGGACUCACAUACUUGGAAACACUGGAAAUAUUUGCAAGAGUAUUGACUGUUCCAUCGGAUAUUGUUCUUCUUCCGAAACUGUUGCACCUCCACCUUCAAGGUGAUAUAAAGCUGCCCGAUUAUGUGGGGCAACUGAGGUCCCUACGUGCAUUGCAGUCUUUUGACCUGAGCAGCAACUCUGAAGACAAUGUACAGAGCCUUGGUGAGAUGACGAACCUGCAUGACCUUCAUAUCUCCUGUUCUACAGCAGUGCCUGACCGUCUAGAGAGAAACUUUAUAGCUCUGGCCUCUUCCAUUGGGAAACUUGACAACCUAAAAUCUCUUACUCUUGCUCCAGAUGUUUCAUGCAGAAGCAUCAUUUACACAGACUGCUCUAGUAUAGUAUCUGCUCCACCCGUUUCUCUUGAAAAACUCGAGUUGUUGCCGCCCAUUUGCAUCUUUUCAAGACUUCCUCAAUGGAUUGGACAGCUCCAAAAGUUAUGCAUCCUGAAAAUUGUUGUUAGGGAACUGAACAUGGAUGACGUUAACAGAAUUUCCGGAUUACAGGAGCUCACUCUUCUUCAGUUGUAUGUCAGGCAACCAAGUGCACAAAGCAUUGUCUUCAACAGCGCAUCAUUCCCAACUCUAAAGUAUCUCAAAUUUAGCUGUGGGGUUCUGCGCCUUGCCUUUCAGGCCGGAGCAAUUCCAAACCUUCGGAGGCUCAAACUAGAAUUCAAUGUCCACAGUGGAGAGCAGUACAGUGAUAUGAUUUCCGGCAUUGAGCACUUGUUAAACCUCCAAGAAAUCGCUGUACGAAUUGGGUCAGCUCCUGGUGCAGAGGAUUCCGAUAGGACAGCCGUGGAAUCUGUAUUCCGGAACACCACUAGCAAGCAUUCAAGGCAUCUGAGCAUCAGCAUACGAAUGGCUGACUCCAUUGACGAAGUGAUUCCCCAAUUUUCUGAUCCGGCAGCAAGUUCGUCUCGUUUAGAUGACCUACUGCAUAAGCCUUCUACUGUGGCUGAUGUGACCAGUCAAUCGAAUGAGAUAGAGCUGGCUGAGGUUGUGUCCGUUCACAUGACAACAAGUGAUCCAAACAUACAAACAGACCAGCCAAUAGCAACAAGCACAUUUCCUCGCCAAACACCUCCAGAAGCAUCUGAGUCCGUCGCUCAUAACUUGCUGGUGGUGGCGGGAAAGUCACCAACCAGGAAACCCUCAAAGAGCUGCGGCCAGAUCGCCAGCAGUAUCAAACGAGAAACGGCUUGCUGCUUUAUGUUUGGGAAGAAAGCGAAACAAGCUGUUGAACACGAUGAUGAUGUACAUAGCAUCAAAGUAUUUUCUUACAGUGAGUUGAGAAAGGCUACACAAGAUUUCAGUGGUGCAAAUAAGAUUGGCGAGGGUGCUUUUGGUUCUGUCUUCAGGGGAGUGCUUAAAGAUGGGACAGUAGUUGCAGUAAAAGUUCUAUCUGCUACUUCAAGGCAAGGUAUCCGGGAUUUUUUGAGUGAACUUACAACAAUAUCUAACAUCAAGCAUAAAAAUUUGGUCACUAUUGUCGGUUGCUGCACCGAAGGCUCUCCCGGAAUCCUUGGCUCUCACAGAAUCCUUGUUUACAAUUACCUUGAGAACAACAGUCUUGCACAGACAUUGCUAGGAGCAAAAUACAGUAACAUUCGGUUCAACUGGUGUGCUCGUGUCAGCAUUUCUGUGGGUGUUGCCCGUGGACUUGCAUUUCUCCAUGAGGAAAUCCGACCUCCCAUUAUCCACCGGGACAUAAAGGCAAGCAACAUUCUUCUCGACAAGGAUCUCACCCCAAAAAUUUCUGAUUUUGGGUUAGCGAUGCUCCUGCCACCCAAUGCAACUUAUGUGAGCGACCGAGUUGCAGGAACAUUAGGGUACUUGGCUCCUGAAUAUGCCAUCCGAGGUCAAGUGACAAAGAAGUCCGACAUCUAUAGUUAUGGAGUUCUUCUUUUAGAAAUUGUUAGUGGCAGACACAAUACCAACACAAGAUUGCCUUCUGAAGAUCGAUUCCUCCUUGAGAGGACAUGGGGACUCUACGAGGAAGGACGCUUGGAGGAGAUCAUCGAUACCAGCAUGGGCGACGACGUAGACGUCGAGGAGGCAUGCCGGUUCUUGAAGAUUGGCCUGCUAUGCACACAGGAGGCGAUGGCUCGUCGUCCCAACAUGACCAAUGUGGUCCAGAUGCUCACAGGGGAGAAGAGAAUCCCCGUAGACAAGAUCUUUAGGCCUGCCAUGAUCACCGACUUUGUGGAUCUCAAGGUCAGCAGCAGCACCACGACGAAAUCGUCGUUCACCACCACAGAACCAUUCUCGUCCGGAACGCCCACGCAAUCAUCAUCCGUGUGAAAGCGUGGAUGUCAGAAAUGUCUUUUUUUUUGCAGUUUGCAUGUGAGUUUUUAUAGGUGGGCCGGAUUACAUGCAAUUUUUGAAGAGUUUCUUGUUUGAUUUCCUGUGAGGAAAUAUUUUUUUUUAAGAAAAA